AUGUCCGACCUGCAUUGUAAAUUCAGUGGUCACUGUACUAUCCCUUGCACCAAGCCAGGGUGCAACCGCUGGUUCAAGAAUCGAUCAGGGUAUACACAGCAUACAAAUGCUAUGCACCCAGUACUCAGCGCACAGCAAUCUACUGCGACUCAUGCUCCCACGCUGCCACCUGACAUUGACAACGCCGUUGAUUUUGGUGAUGCCUUGAACUCUGCGGAUGUCAUGGACUCUGGAGACAACGACGAUCCUAUGCAAUCCGCAGCUCAAUUCUUUGGCGCUGGUGAUCAGUUAUAUAGAAAUUAUCACCCCUUCUUGACUGACCACUGGGGCGUCUACAAGACAAUUGAUAAUACCCCCAUUGGUGAUGUUAAAUGGCAAUCAUUUUCUGUCAAAUAUACAGGCACAAUCCCAGAUGAAGGCGCCACACCCUGGAUGGCAGAUAGCCAUGACAUUUGGUUUUGUGAUCCCUGCAAUGUUGUCCGGAACAUACUUGCUAACCCAGACUACACUAUCGAAAUUGAUCUCAAGCCAUACUGUGAGUUUGCAACCAACAAUGAUGAGCGCCAAUGGCAGGAUUUUAUGUCUGGAAAUUGGGCUUGGUCUCAAGUGGACAUGAUGGCUGAUGACGCUGACACCCAUGGUUCAACAUUUGUACCCAUCAUUCUCAGAAGUGACAAAACAACUGUUUCAGUUGCAACUGGGCAAAAUGACUACUAUCCUCUCUAUCAUGCUGAUACAGCAGACUUCCGAAAUUUCCGACGGCAACUGUUUCACUCCUCGCUCUCAUUUAUCCUCAAGAGCCUGAAGCCUGGUAUGACUGAGUUUGAAGUUGCACGUUUUGGGGACGGUCACUAUUGUCGAAUUAUCUAUGGAUUGGGACCCUAUAUUGCAGACUAUGAAGAACAGGUAUUGCUUGCCUGCAUAGUCCGACGAUGGUGUGCCAAGUGUCUUUCACAUUGCGAAAAUCUUGAUGAGAUCAACCUGUGUCGUUCAAGACUUCACACAGAUGCACUCAUUGAGGAGUGUGAUCAUACAACAUUGUGGGACAAGUAUGGCAUUGUUGGGGGACUCGUGCCAUUUACCAAUGAUUUCCCCCAUGCCGACAUCCACGAACUACUCGCACCUGAUCUUCUCCAUCAAAUCAUCAAGAUUGCAGCAGUUCCUUCAUUUCCUGGGCUUCAUAGAUUUCCCCAAGGACGCCACUUCAAACAAUGGACUGGGGAUGAUUCAAAGGCCCUUAUGAAGGUUUACUUGCCAGCAAUCGAAGGUUACAUCCCCACAGACGUUGUGCGCACAUUCCGUGCAUUUCUCGAAUUCUGUUACCUUGUCUGCCAUAAUGUGAUCACAGAGAAAUCACUGGAUGAGAUUCAAGACACACUGACUCGUUUUCACAAAUACUGCGAGAUUUUCAAGACUACUGAAGUAGUUUUGACUUUCUCACUUCCCCAACAACACUCUAUGUCUCAUUAUGUCUCCCUUAUUCGACAAUUCGGUGCUCCAAAUGGCCUGUGCUCCUCAAUCACCAAGUCAAAACACAUCAAGGCCAUCAAGGAGCCUUGCGCCAAAGGCACAAAGCAUGCACAAAGUAUCCCUGCACUAGCCAAUGAACUCGACAUCCCACACUUGGCCAAUCUUUUACAUCCAGACAAAGAUCCCACUGAGUCCCCUUGCUAUGAGGGACGGAUACGAGUUUUCAACUCUGCAGUAUCAACAUUCUUUGCACCGUCAGACUUGAGUGGACUCGGUGGGAUGAAACGCGAGCACAUUCGCGUGUCUCCGAAGUGGAGGGGUGGACACGCACAUAAGGAUUGUGUGUUUGUGAUCACUGACUCACAUGCUCCCGGAAUGCGGGGCAUGGAUAUUGCCUGGGUGCUCACUUUUUUUUCUUUUAGGUUGAGAGGAGGAUAUUAUCCAUGCACAGUUGUCCGCUGGUUCAAUCGAGUUGGUGAGGGACCAGAUGAUGACACGGGGAUGUGGAUGGUGAAGCCGUCGUCUAUCGGUGAUCAUGCGCACUUCGCGGUGAUCCAUGUGGACACCAUUUUUCGCUCUGCCCAUCUUAUUCCUGUCUAUGGUACUGAACCACUCCCCCUGCCAAUUAAAUUUCACCACGUCCUUGAUAUAUUCACACUCUUCUACGUGAACAGAUAUGCCGACCAUCACGCCUUCGAAAUAGCUUCAUAG